GCAGCUGAAGAAGUUAGAUGAAGACAGUUUAACCAAACAACCUGAAGAAGUAUUUGAUGUAUUGGAGAAGCUUGGAGAAGGUUCCUAUGGCAGUGUGUUCAAAGCCAUUCAUAAAGAAACGGGUCAAGUUGUUGCGAUUAAACAAGUUCCUGUGGAAUCUGACCUGCAAGAGAUUAUAAAGGAAAUAUCCAUAAUGCAGCAAUGUGACAGUCCUCAUGUGGUGAAAUACUACGGCAGCUAUUUUAAGAACACGGACCUGUGGAUAGUCAUGGAAUACUGCGGCGCUGGAUCCGUGUCUGAUAUUAUUCGAUUACGAAAUAAAACUCUCACAGAAGAGGAAAUUGCUACAAUAGUGCAAUCAACACUGAAAGGACUAGAGUACCUGCAUUUUAUGAGGAAAAUACACAGGGACAUCAAAGCUGGAAAUAUAUUGCUGAAUACAGAGGGACAUGCUAAACUUGCAGAUUUUGGAGUGGCAGGGCAACUUACAGACACAAUGGCAAAGCGGAACACAGUUAUAGGGACCCCAUUUUGGAUGGCUCCAGAAGUGAUUCAGGAAAUUGGGUAUAAUUGUGUAGCAGACAUCUGGUCACUGGGAAUCACUGCAAUAGAAAUGGCUGAAGGAAAACCACCAUAUGCAGAUAUUCAUCCUAUGAGGGCGAUUUUCAUGAUUCCUACCAAUCCACCUCCAACAUUCCGGAAACCAGAGCUCUGGUCAGACAAUUUCACGGACUUUGUAAAACAGUGUCUUGUUAAGAGCCCGGAGCAGCGUGCUACUGCAACACAGCUUCUGCAGCAUCCAUUUGUUAAAAGUGCCAAAGGAGUGUCAAUUCUGCGAGACUUGAUCAAUGAAGCAAUGGAUAUCAAGCUGAAACGUCAAGAGGCCCAACAGCGUGAACUGGAUCAAGAUGAUGAAGAAAAUUCAGAAGAAGAUGAAACCGAUUCAGGUACCAUGGUGAGGGCGAGCGGAGAUGAAACUGGUACCAUAAGAGCUGUCAAUACGAUGAGUGAUGGCGCCAACACAAUGAUAGAACAUGAUGGCACCUUGGAAUCCCAGUUGGGUACGAUGGUCAUAAACUCAGAAGAGGAAGAGGAGGAGGGCACCAUGAAAAGGAGGGAUGAAACAAUGCAGCCAGCCAAGCCAUCAUUCCUGGAAUAUUUUGAGCAGAAGGAGAAGGAGAAUCAAAUCAAUAGCUUUGGGAAGAAUGUGUCUGGCCAGACAAAAAAUUCAUCUGAUUGGAAAGUACCACAGGACGGAGACUACGAAUUUCUAAAGACUUGGAGUGUUGAUGAACUUCAGAGGAGGCUCUCAGCCCUGGACCCCAUGAUGGAGCAGGAGAUUGAAGAAAUCCGCCAGAAGUACCAGUCAAAGCGGCAGCCGAUCCUCGAUGCCAUCGAAGCCAAGAAGCGGCGGCAGAAGAACUUCUGA